AAAAAGAAAAGAAACAAGGAAAGUCAGUUUGGCUUGACCGCUUGACCAUAAGCAGUGGAAAGAGGGGGAAGGGGUAACUCGAAGCUACGGGACAAUUCCCUCGUUCUCUCUGGCUACUACCACCAUCAUCAUAAGCAUCAUAGAUGGCUCUUCUCAAUCGAGCUUCGUCACGCUUCCCUCAACUCCUCUCACCUCAACGGGUACUUUCCCUCCACACAACCCUUCCUUCUCUGUCCGCAUCCACACCCACCCCCUAUGCUCCGCCACCGCCCCCAUCCGCCUCCUCUCCCGCCGGCGUAUCCAAGGCGGCGGAGUACGUUAUCUCUAAGGUGGACGAUCUCAUGAAUUGGGCCCGCCGUGGUUCCAUCUGGCCCAUGACCUUCGGUCUCGCAUGCUGCGCCGUCGAAAUGAUGCACACCGGUGCUGCCCGUUACGAUCUCGAUCGCUUCGGCAUCAUUUUCAGGCCCAGCCCUCGCCAAUCUGACUGCAUGAUUGUUGCCGGCACUCUCACCAACAAGAUGGCCCCUGCUCUUCGCAAGGUUUAUGACCAAAUGCCUGAGCCUAGAUGGGUCAUCUCAAUGGGAAGUUGUGCUAAUGGAGGAGGAUACUACCAUUACUCUUACUCCGUUGUUCGGGGAUGUGACAGGAUUGUUCCUGUUGACAUAUAUGUUCCAGGCUGUCCACCAACUGCUGAGGCUUUGCUGUAUGGACUUCUACAGCUGCAGAAGAAGAUCAAUAGGCGCAAAGACUUCCUCCAUUGGUGGACAAAGUGAGGCCGAUUAAGUUUAUUUCUUGGCAGCCAAGCUAUCUUACAAUAAGCAAUUCAUGGUGGUUUACCUUGCUGAAAAGUGCCCGCUCAUGUUUGGUGGGGAUUGUGUUGAUACAUUACCAUAUCAAAGUUUCUGAAUGUUCUUUCUGCUGCUUUUACGGGGCUUUAUGUCGCUUGGAAGAAUAGUGUUUCUUAGUUGUUAAUGCUUCAUCUGUACCUGGGACUUAUACAAGACAAGACAUGUUUGGUUUGUAAGUUAUGUUUUUAUGUCGGACCAAUUUCGCCCGCUUAUUAAUGGCGUUUGAAUAAAUAAUUUGAACUGAUGGUUUCUUC